UAUUUAAAGAUGUAAAAAAUGCUGGAGACUUGAGAAAAAAGGCCAUGGAAGGUGCUAUUGAUAGUUCAUUGAUAAACCCUACAGUGGGAAGGGUACAGGGACGCCUAUCUCUCUCUGCUGGACUUCAAGGCUCAGACCCACCAGUCUCCCAUGGCUCCUUGUCACAUCCGCAAAUACCAGGAGAGCGACCGCCCAAGGGUCUUGGACUUGUUCGCCCGGGGCAUGGCCGAGCACGCCCCCACCACCUUCCGCCACAUCCUGAAGCUGCCACGAACUCUUGUGCUCUUGCUUGGGGGGCCCCUCACCCUGUUUGUGGUCUCUGGGUCCUGGCUCCUGGCCCUCAUGGCCGGCCUCACCCUCCUGGCUGCCCUGAGGUUCCUGGCCAAAUACCCCUGGACCCAGUAUGUGUCCAACUGUUUGCGCACAGACAUGCGUGACAUCAGCAAAACCUACUUGAGUGAGCCAGGCUCCUGCUUCUGGGUGGCUGAGUGUGAGGGGCAGGUGGUGGGCACGGUGGGAGCUCUGCCCGUUGGGGAGCCCACCCUGCGGAAGGAGCAGGUGGAGCUGUUUCACUUAAGCGUGGCCUGGGAGCACCGGGGCCAGGGGAUCGCCAAAGCCCUGGUCAGGACCGUCCUGCAGUUUGCACGGGACCAGGGCUACAGUGAGGUUGUCCUCAGCACCAGCAUGCUGCAGUACUCCGCCCUGGCCCUCUACCAGCGCCUCGGCUUCCGCAAGACCGGCCAGGAUUUCCCCUCCAUGAUGAGCAGGCUAUCUGCUAUUCCUAUAGUUCAUUUAACCUACCGGCUCCCCUCUGCUCAUGGGUCUCAGACACCAGGGCAGAGACGGGGCCUGUGAUCUGUGUCCUUGUGGAUUAGUCAGGACAGGACAGGCUCUGCUGCAGUAACAAGCUCACCCCGAGUCUCACUGUGACAGCACAGUAAAGCUUCUGUUUGUGAACCUCUGGGCCCCACGGGAUGGUGGUGGUUCUGCUCCAUUUAGUCUUUUUCAGAUGCCACUGUUGCAUUAUCUACUGACACAAGACUAUUGCAUAAAAUCAAUCACAAAAGAAUAAUAAACAUUUCCUUAGCUGAA